AUGCUACCCCGGGCGCUAUUGGUCGAUCGCUGUCCCCUUCUCCCCACAUUCCAAUCCGCUCCUCCUCCCCUUCUCCUGCUCGCUCUUCCUCUCCCCUUCCCCCCUCCUCUCUCUUCAAAUCCCCCUCCACCUCUGCUUCUUCCUUCACCUCACCUCCCCCCUCUGCUCCUCCUGCUGAUGCUGCUUCUUUCACUGCUGCAGCCUCCUGGAAGCUUCCUCAACGUGCCACAUCCCCAUCUCGAACCUCUCCAUCUCCAACCUACUCUCUCCGAACCUCCCUCGCUGCUUCGGCCCUCGGGGCAUGACGUGGGGCAUGACGUAGGGCAUGACGUAGGGCAUGACGUAGGGCAUGACGUAGGGCAUGACGUAGGGCCUGACGUGGGGCAUGACGUAGGGCAUGACGUGGGGCAUGAGUUGGGGCAUGAGUUGGGGGAUGAUUUGGGGGAUGAUUUGGGGGGAGGUGUGUUUCUCCCAUCAACCCUCGACUCCCCACCACCGAUUGCCAUCCGCCAGGGGCCUGUAAGGCGGCUGUUUGGGGGUGGUGAGAGCACGGCAGGGGAUGCAGGGGGCGUGGGAGGUAUAGGAGGAAUGGGAGCAGGAGGAGUGGGAGGUAUAGAAGGAAUGGGAGCAGGAGGAGUGGGAGCAGGAGGAGUGGGAGCAGGAGGAAUGGGAGCAGGAGGAUUGGGAGCAGAAGGAGUGGGAGCAGGGGGCAUGGUUGGGCUGUUUGGGGAUGGAGGGGGCAUGGCAGGGGAUGCAGGGGGUGCGGGUGACUCAAGAAUGGUAAACGGCCUGGAGAUUGGUUCUAACGAGUUGACUUUUGAGUCGACUCAAAAGAUUGGUUCUAACGAUGGUAUGGUGUACUAUAGGAGCCAGUGGGGAGGGGAGGAGGGAGGAGAGGAGGAAGGGGGGGAGGAGCAAACGGAGCAAACGCAACCAGCCAUGUAUUACGAGGGGUUGACGUCUCACGUGGUCUAUGGUGCUGCAGCAGCAGCUAAUGCUGAGGCAUUUCAAAAGCCAACUGGUGGGAUGGUGCGAGCAGGGGCAGAGGAAUGGCAGGGACCACAGAGUGCAGCAGGAGAGGUUUCUGGUGGGAUGGAGGAGUGGGAGCGGCAGCAGAGUGCAGGGCUGAGAGUAUCAGGUGUGCCAGCAGGAGCAGGAAUGAGCAGCAGCAGUGGGUACGGACGUGGGGGGUAUGAAAGCGGAACGGACAUUAUGCCAGCUGGCAUGGCAGCAGGUACGGCGGCAGGCAUGGCAGCAGGCAUGGCAGCAGGUAUGGUGGCUGGCAUGGCAGCAUACGAGUCUAACAGGACAACAGGCUCGGAAGUAGCCAUGGCAGGUGGCAGCAGGAUGCAAGGCAUGGGUGGUCAUGCAGGUGGCAUGGCUUGGUCUCAUGCCGCAUGGCAUGGCAUGGUGACCUCUCCUCCUCCUGCUGUAUGGCAUGGCAUGGUUGGGUCCCCUCCUGCCCCACACUCAGCACACUCAGUGCAGUCAGGGCUGCCAGUUGCUCUUCCACCUUGGCAGAUGGGAGUAACACCUGUUCGGCUGGUCCGGAAGCCUGGCCCGGGGCUGUCGUGCUUGGUCCGGAAGCUGCCGCUUCAGCUGGCUGGAGUUCCCCGGAGGGGUAUGCAGGUUCGGCAGCCCCUUGGGCAGGUAUGGGAGGGCAUGCUGGUUCAGGUAUGUGGUCCUGUGUGA